AUGUCUACCCCGAACACACAGUCUGAGCUCGGAGGCCAAGGUCCCUCAGCCAGCUCCUCGCGCUUCCAAGAACUCUGGGACGAGGCCUUUCUGGAAUACAAGAAAGUCACGGGCUCGGACCUCCUUCGCUCACCGCUCUACAACCAAAUCCAAAAGGCCGAAUCCUCAGGGAAGGUUGCUCGCAUUCUUAAGGAACACAAGAGUAACUUUAAAGCUUUCCGCGCGCACGGCGAGAAGAUCAGAGCCAUUAUUGCGCCGAUCUUUACUCUCACCAAGCUGUUCACCGACACUGGUCGCGAGAUAGCCGCGGCCUCCAGCGUAGUACCCGGCGGCCAGGCGAUCUUCGCGGCCUUCGGGGUCUUUCUAGAGGCAUUCGAUAAGGUUAGCGAGCAAUACGAUGCGCUCGAGGAGCUUCUCUCGAGGCUUGGAGGCGUCCUUGGUCGCCUUGACAAUCACCUGCAAGCAUGUUCGGCGCUCAACGACCAGCUUGAAGGCGUCUUCGUCCGCGCACUUGUCCAGCUGCUCAACGUGUUCGCCAUCUGCACGAAAUAUAUAAAGAAGCAAUUGUCAGAACGCACGGCCCGGGCUGUUCUCACGCGCAUGAAGGACUACGGCAGGGCCCUCCUUGGUAAUAAGGAUGUGAAAGAUGCUCUUGAGAAGCUAGACGAGCUGACCAAGGAGGAGCUUCUGGCUACUACAGCCCAGACUCUUGAUGUAGUGCAAGGUGUAGCUAGCGAGAUCAAGCUGGUCAGCGGAGAUAUUAGGGAAAUAAAGGACAAUGUCAGCGACCUGCGAGGCAUUGGAGCCAAAGUUCUGGAUCUAUAUUUUGAGAAGGACAUUCGCGAUUGGUUAGCUCCUCCUGACCCAAGUCAGAACCACGAAGAGCGACGAACUUCAUAUUUGGACGGCACAUGCACAUGGUUCUUUGAUCACAAAUUCAAAGAGUGGAAGGACAGCAGCAAUGGUGUGUACUGGAUUUAUGGAAACCCUGGAGCAGGAAAGAGUGUUCUUUGCUCAUCUGUCGUUGAGCACAUCUCAUCCAUCCCUGGCCUGCAUGUGGCCUACUUCUACUUUGACUAUCGUCGUGCUGAGAUGCAGACUGUGACUGGCCUAUUGGCAUCUCUGAUCUACCAACUUGCCAUUUGUGCAGAACACCGCCACCAAGUUCUGGAGCAAUUCUAUGUGGAGAAUAGGUCAAAGCUAAAGCCAACCAGAGAGCUUCUCCUUAGCUGCCUAGAACAGAUCCUCCAGGCUUCCACUGGGACAGUUAUCAUCAUUGAUGCUCUCGAUGAGUGUCCACACACUACCCGACGAGAUGAACUGUUUUUCUCCCUCCAGAAACUUGUAUCAAGAACAUCAGGGGGCUACGUAUUCUCCUGA